GGUAACUGGGAGGGAGGAGGCUGCUAACUGGGGGUACAGGGGGGUCCUGUCCCCAGGAUGCUGUCCCGGGGCCGGCAGCUCCUCCGCCGGGUGUCCCCGCGGCUCUCGGGCCGCCUGCUCCUGGUGACCAACACGGCGACCUGCGGGGCCCUGCUGGCUACCGGGGACACCCUGCAGCAAGCCUGGCACCACCGGAACCACCCCGACACCGAACCCCAGCUGGCACGGACAGGCAGGAUGCUGGCUGUGGGGUGCAGCAUGGGGCCCCUGCUGCAUUACUGGUACCUGUGGUUGGAUGGAGCCUUCCCAGGGAUGGGGCUGAAGGGGCUCAGAGCUGUCCUGAAGAAAGUUGUCAUCGACCAAGUGGUGGCAUCACCCGCCCUGGGGGCCUGGUACUUCUUGGGCAUGGGCACACUGGAGGGCCAGACCCUAGAGGAGAGCUGGCAGGAGCUGAAGGAGAAAUUUUGGGAGUUUUAUAAGGCUGAUUGGUGCAUCUGGCCAGGGGCUCAGCUGCUGAAUUUCCUCUUUGUCCCCCCCAAAUUUCGGGUCAUUUACAUCAAUUUCAUCACCCUGGGCUGGGACAUUUACCUCUCCUACCUCAAACACCGGCCCACUCCACCCCCUCCUGAGGACCACCAGCUCUAGAGCCUCCUGGGGACCUUUCCAGCAGCAAGCUGGGGGAGGAGCUGCCAGCACCCACAUCUUAUAAAAAUAAGGGUGUGAGCAUCAGCUGUGACAGCAGCAGAAGGGACAUGAAGGCAGUGAGGUGGGAGGGGGGAUUUAAAUCCAAAUUUUUCCAAGCUUUGACCUCUUUCCUUCCCACCCCUGGGUGCUCCCUGGGAAUCUCUCUGGAUGCAAAGUGCCUCCUGCCCCCCACACCCAAGAACCAUUUGUUAAUUAAGAAAUCAAUUUGUGCCCUGGCAAUGACC